UUCAGAAAACCGCAGCGGGUGUUUAGGUAAUUCUAUUCCAGCACAUUCAUCACCAGGACCUCCAAGCUAUUUCUUCCUUCCACAUUCAAUUUCAUAAGUGGACUCCUUCCACUAGCAUAGUAGGCUGCGUCUUCUGACUCCUUCCAAAAUAUUUCUUCCUCUAUCAAGACGAACCAGGCAGGUUAAGUUCAUCUCUCAAGGACCGUUUUGCUAUGUACACUGCUGUUGUUGUACUCGCGCAGAAAGCGGGAAUGCAUGUUGUGCGCGUUCUCCUGGUCCUUCUCGCUUGGAGGGUGAGGCAGCAGACUGUGUCUUCAAAACCCACACGUCGGAAGUCACCAGAUCUUGAGAUGGAUGUCCCGCAAUUGAAGCGCCCGCCUCACAUUUUCAAAACUGAUAUUCAAGAAACCCUCCAAUGGCAAAUGGAGAACUCUACGGGGAAGCGACAGGCGAGGGAAGUUCUCUUCAUCCACGAACCAACUCCUGCGCCAACUUAUUGCAAGUUUUCUUAAAAUAACCUUACGCACCUUCGGAGGAAGAACAUAGCAGAAGCAGGUCAAACUCAAGGCUCAAACUCAGGGCAAUGUUAACGUCAACUUAAGAACAUGUCACCGCUUACUGGCCACUUAAAAAAUGCAUACUCGUGCGUAGAACAUGCUCGUAUCAAACGCCUCUACAGAGUGCUACUUCUCUGUGGUGGUGGGUGGUGGUGAGGUGAUGCAGGGAGAAAGCUUCUGUCAGCCUACUCUGGAGUGGCGGCUCGUUGCACCCUGCAAGAGGGGUGGGAGAGAUGAUGGUGGUACAGGAGAGAGAGGGGUGCGCUAACCUUAUUGAUCUGGGAUUGGGGUAGUCCAAGAGCACAACCCACCACAGAAAACAUGCGAGCAUCCCUCAGUAGGCUUCAUUGGGAUGCGCCCUGUACCACGGUAGCCAACAGGAUUAUUGGCGAAGUUACCCCGUGUACUACUUCUCCCCACUUUCGAAAAGAGAGGGCGAGUACCCACUUGCGAUACACACGUCAGAAAUCAGGUGCAUUUCGUUCACUCGGCGUUUCAGUAGAGAUACCGCUAUCAUUGUCUGGUUACUUACACACACAGCGGCGAAAGCCCCGAAGAUCUCAAUUGUGCUGCGUUAUAUUCCAGAUACUGCGAAGCACAAGACAGGUAAGCGGUGCUCGGACGACUUCGACUGCGUGCAAGUCUUGGGCCAAGUGUGCAACAUCGAGAAGCAAGGCUCGACAGGAACCUGUCAGUGCCCCGACACCACACCUGUUCGUGUAGUGGAGCACGACCAGCCAAGAUGUGUCUCUGCUCGCCUGAUCUUCGAAGACUGCGCGGACACCGCCGAAUGUGCGUUCCUCAACCCUUAUGUGGAAUGUGUGAACCAGAUCUGCACCUGCUCGCCACCGAACGUUAUGAAAAGGAAGGACCUUUGCAUCCCAGAUUCAGCAUCCAGUACUACUUCCCAGACGGCCAACGUGUUUGCCAUGCUUCUCAUGAGCAUCGGAGCUAUCGCAGGCUUUGCAGCUCUUGUGGCCAGGAUCAUAAUUGUCAGAGAAGGCCGACACCAAGAUAGCGACGAAGGACCACAUGGUCGUUAUCGAUGGCGACAUCACGCGGAUGAUCCUCCGAUGGCCCUGUUAAGCAAAGGCAUCAAGCGCAUUUUCAAUGACUGCAAAGAUAAGAUACAAGAUAUGGUACUUCGAAAGCCCGUGCUCUCUCCGCAGAUGCAAAGUCUAAUCGAAAUCCGGCCUACCAGGCCUACCAGAACCUCCCAUGAGAGCACGGUUGUGGUCGAUGUCCACGUGCCAUACGAACCGUUGGACUUUGAGGACAUAGCUUCAUUGGAAUCUCACCUUCGCAGAGCAACGCGACUGCUUUCUCAAGAAGCGUCUCCAACAACAGCAAAUACUUCAUUGGGAGCGACAACAUCACACAGGUCGAAGAUUACUAAGAAGUCAGUCGAGCCGUUGCAACAGACCUCCCCAGUUACCACUCCAAAUAUGGCGACAUCUCUGGAUUCUCAAAGGCAAGCUGACGAUGUCCUUGUGCCGCAUAUUGAACACGCCGAAGUGAAUGCGGACCCACCAUCGCCAAAGCACGGAGACGACGAGAAAAGGCGAGAUUUCAACUUGAACGCGGACCUAAAACACAUUAUGGAGAUAGUUAUAGACCAGCUCUCAAACCCGCGGAGCAGCCCAGCUGGGCUCCGCAGAAUCGAAGGAGACGAAUGCAGAGUAGAAGUUGACGAGGGCAAGUUUUCUGAUACAGUCCGAGCCGUGUAUUCUCGAACUCUCCUCAAGCUACGCCAGAAGCUACACACUAUGGCGGCGCAGGAAGCCCCCAGCGUUGACCAAGUGUCUUUCGGAGAUUCCUGUCGGACGUCCAGCGCUAUUCCAAGAAAUAAAACCGUGGAGCUGCUUCCUUCUCUCGAUAAAGGGUGCGGCGAAGCAAAAGGCAAAACGUACGCGGAUGUGUCCACCCUAUGUCGAAUUCUCCACACUCCACACUCUGUCUCGAACGAUCCACAUAAGCGAAUUCGAAUAAGCGAUACGGUCUCCGAACAUCGGGUCGGUAGAAAUUUUCCGGGGCCUCCAGUCUAUGGUGUUCCUCGCUUGCAGACUCAUCAAAGCACCCCUGCAACCAUCGAUGCUUUUCCUGUUACACAGACACCCGAUCGUCUUCCAAAAAGGUGUUACCUUCUUAGAGACGAACGACAAGAUAAUGCGACGACCGAAUCAUUUCACUCUUGUUCCGACCCCAAUCGUUUUAUGAGACAACAGAAGUUCAUUCCGACGACGACCCUGCCGAUAUCCGAUUCAGCAAAACUGGUUCUGGAGCCGAUUUCGAGUGAUGUGGACCUUCACAAUCGUCCUAGGGAUAGUCUGAAGGCGUACCUUGCAGGCAAGGCUCCGACGGUAGCUACUGCAGAUUGUCCCUCGAUAAAUGAUUCCUUGGAAAACAAUGGGGAGGUUGAUAGAACACAGUCAGGUGUUGGUGGAUUCACAAAAAUGGUACACCCGAGGGUACACUACAUUGACUCUGACAAUGCCUUGCAAGUCAGAGAAGAAACCUCGCUCUGCGGUAUACCAAAGAAGCUUCUUAAGAAGCCACCUAAAAUCGUUUUAUCCCCGAUAAAAGACGAGGUCGUAGGUCUGCAAGCCGAAGAAGAAACGCCACUACUUAACCUGGAAACCUGGAUACCUAAGAAGAAAAGGAACAAGUCAGUUCUUCUACCCCCUUAUUCAAGAAAGAGAGGAGGUUUACAAUAUCACACACAAGAUAGUUCAUUUUCGUUGUCACGACUGGAACUAGGGUCAUACAUGCCUAAUCCGUCGACGUCCAGGCUUCUCAAUAGGUCCUGUACGUACAUUCAUGGUUGGGGUUGCAAAGACGUGCUGCAGAAAGUGGACGCUUGUGACAGAACGCCCGUUGAAGAAAGCAUUGUUCUGUGCUCUUCGGGGCCUUCGAGCGAAGUGAAAGAAUAUGCGCAAUCCUACCACGAAAGAGUGAUUAGGACAGGCACUGCUGCCACAUACGUAGAUCCCACCUCAAGUAGCCUCCCUUCAGAUAUUCAAUGUCCUGCGCUCUUUCUGUUAAAUACACCAAGACAAGAUAUGGCAUGCGAAGAGGUCAAGUUGACAAUCACCGAGAACGACAUCAUCCAGUGCUUAAACAGAGUCGUAGGACCAAAUCGAGCCAUAGCUGUAGAAGAAAACAGGAAGUUCCCAGAAGCAAAAGCUACGCAGGAGGCUGUGUGCGGUUACGACUUGAUGCAAGACGUGCUUUUGAACGAGGACUUCCUAACUGAUCUGGAAGCAUUCAGUCAGCCACUUUCGCGCCUACGAAGAGGCCACUUGAAAAAUAUCCUGAAGGAAAUUUUGGAAGAAGAGUACGCCCAUGUUCUUCAGCUCGCAACACAUGGGGUGCCGUCGAUGCAGAGCACAACGGCUCCUCCGGUGCCUUUCGAACACGAAAACUUGCUAGCGCUCACCCAUGAGCCAUUGGAAAAGGUGAAUAGGGAAAGCUCUGGUACUUCGACACGCAACAAGCUUAUUGCUCCAGAAUCACCAUCAACGAACUAUGUUAAACCAGAGUGUGAAUUUACAACUGCGCGGUCGAGCGGUGAAGCUAACACGGCGGAAGGAUUCGACCUGCAGCCGUCAUCAGGAACUCGGCAAACUUCUUCAUCUUCGAAAGAUUCACCUGGACAAACGACGACCACGGUUACGACAGCUGACAACACGGUUACGCAAGAAACAUCAUCGACAUCUACCAGAAGGUUUUACACGGAAUUAAGCUUCCCAGACGUGGACAUUCAUGGAGCUGAUGGUGACGCCCCCGGGAGUGAGACUUCGUCGUCAGAGGAUACCACCACUGGUGCAAUGACGACUCAGACGACGGAAGAUAGCUUGGAUGAAGACGGUUAUGUUCACUUGGAAGAGAAAGAAAUGACGAAGUUCUUAUCUCAAGUUACUGUCGUUAAUUCAUCAGAAUCUAAUAUAGGGUCUAACGAUUGCGAAAAACCUCGUCGUUCUGUUGAUACGCGAUUCCCAUUUAGCCCGAGAAGGCGACGACCACCUGAAAAACAUCGAGAUCAAGACACUAAAACAAUGAGCUGGGUCCCUCCGAUUCCUAAAUUGCUCCUAAAAGAAUACAGGAAAAAUGUUCUCAAGAACGCAGCAGGAGUACAACAGAUGACACCCGAAGUGACACCCUCUCAACACCACACGCGCGAAGGCGCGAUUGGAAAUAUCGUACCUCUGGAGGAAACGACGUCUUCUCCUCCCGACGGGCAACACCGCCAGAUGGACUGA